CCGAUGCUGAUUUGGGUCUUAAUCAGCCGAUGAUGACUGCAGCAGCUGCUUCCACAGACGACGGUGUGCUUGGGCGCGGUGCUGUGUGUGGGAGCCGGCGGGUGGAGGUAAAGGGGGCAGAAACGGUGUCGUGCGCUUCAGGCAGUCACUGAAUCUUCAGACAAGUGGCGGAUUAAAGUGUGAAACCUGGUUUCACUUCUAAAUGGAGUUGAAAACAGACAGGCCAAAGACGAUGACGGAGCACCAGGAGCAGGGUGAGGACGUCAGCCUCCUGACUCCCCAGGACCUUGCUGAUCCCACCAAGGAGGAUGACUCGCACUGCCCCCCGCAGUUCCGGAUCCAGCUCAUCGAUGACCUGUCGUACGAGGAUGUGAAGAAAUGCUACCGUGGUUCAACGGUCAGCAAGUACAACUCGCAGUACCACAAGCUGUUCCAGACCGUGCCCAAGGAGGAGAUCCUCAUGAAGGUGUAUUCCUGUGCCCUCCUCCGGGACAUCCUGCUCCAAGGCCGGCUCUACAUCUCCAGGAACUGGCUGUGCUUCUACGCCAACCUGUUUGGCAAGGACAUUAAGGUGGCUAUUCCGGUGGUUUCCGUGCGACUGGUGAAGAAGCACAAAACCGCAGGCCUGGUGCCCAACGGCCUGGCUAUCACCACGGACACCAGUCAGAAGUAUGUGUUUGUGUCCUUGCUGUCCCGGGACAGUGUGUAUGACGUGCUGAGGAGGAUAUGCACACACCUACAGGUCAACGGCAAGAAGAGCCUCAGUCUGAAGCAGCUCCUGGAGGAGCCGGCCUCCUUAUCUCUGGACGAGUUCCCUGUCCCAGACGAGUUCCCGCCGGUCCUGAAAUGGCGGAGGAAGCCCUCAGUGGCGACCGUGUCGUCCUCGCUGCCCGACCUCCUGGGGAACUCCAGCAGCAGCCUGAGUGCCGUGGACACGCCCUUCCAGCCCGACGAGCCAAUGGAAGGCUUUGUGUGUUCUGCAGAGAAUGUUCUGGAGACAGAGACCAUCCUCCUGACCGAGCCGGUGCCAGAACUGGGCCACAUGGAGUACCAGCUGCUCAAGUUCUUCAUCCUGCUCAUCAUCCUGCUGAUCCUGUCCUCCUGUUACCUGGCCUUCCGCGUCUGCAGCCUGGAGCAGCAGCUGUCCUUCCUGAACACCAACCCCACGCUUCCUGUGAGAGAGAGGUAACCCUGCCCCCAGUCCACAUUCCAGUCUGCGAUGGCCUCCGCGCCAGGCAAACUCAUCUUAUUUAUUGACAAUUUUACAUAGUGCACGGCGAGCUCCCCUGCUGUUUUCCGGCAUUAAAGAUGCAGCAGUAGACUGUGACUUGAGGAUGCCGGUGCAGCUCUGUUGCAGAGCAAUAGCUGAGCUGAGUCGUGGAUGGGCCAGAGAAGACCGCCCGAUCUAGUCACGUCCGUAACAGGCCACGGCCCCGCAGUGCCAUGCCCAGACUACUGACGCACACCAUGCACAGGAAGCACCGCUAGAACUUACUAGAAGGUGUGAUGUUCUCAGAGGUCUGACAGUCAUUGAAUGACUGUGAGCUGGCCGGUAGCUCUCCCCCACCCCGGAGGAGCCCCAGCAGCGUAGGACACAGCGACUGGGCUGAUUUCAAAACGUCAGAGGAGCAAAGAUGUCGGCUAACAUGUCAACGAGCCUUUUACCAGCACACUUAAAGUCAAUGGACGGCUGAGACUGAGGCCCCCUGUUCUGGUUCGGGGUGUGUUCUACACUGCAGCGCAGGGGCUUUUCAGGAAGCCCUUACAAUGGUGCAAGAGACCUUUCAACUUCUGGCAAUUUAGGAAGAGGAAUUGAGCACGGAAUUUGGGAUCGUACACCCGCCACGUUUUAAAUCCACUGCCUGUGAUUUUGCUGCUGAGUGACGUCAGGAUGGAGCGAUGUUCCAGAAUCUUCCGCCCGCCCCCGCUGUGCGCAGGAGGGUUGUGGUUCCCCGAAUGGGGCCCGCUUCGCCGGAAGAUUCGGUUCUUAAUUUGCACAGAGCAGCGUCACCCCCUGCUGGACAAUCGUGAGAGAAGCCUCAGUCCUGAACGGCUUCAGUGACGCGCUACAGUCCCAGGCGCUAACCGCUUCUCUCAAAACCUUCUUCCACGACCCUGUUUGUGUUACGGUACCAGUAUACUACACAGUUACUGAAAGGGGUCACUUUGCCAAGACCGUGUGAACAUUUAAAACACACACACAUUUCACAAAUUUCAGAAGUCCUAUAAUAUUAUUUGACUUACAUUUUGUGUUUUUUACUAGAAAAUGCUGUUUCUAGGUAAUUUACUACAGUUAUCUUGGUACUGUACCUUUCUUGGCAAAUGCACAGGUGUUCCACGUCAAGGGGGCACUUCUGGCUUUGUGCAUAGAUACUGUCAAACAGCUGAGGAGUUAGCUAGAUGUAGCUUUGAGUAACAUCAGACUGAAUUUAUCCAUGUAUUAUGUAGGGUAAAAGCGCUUCGUAAAAUGGACCGAAUGAGGAAGUCAUGGUUAAUGACUUAGCAGAUGAAACCACAGUAAUCUUACUGCUGUUCUGGAGUGAGACGGGCUACCAGGAGUGUUAGUGAUUGAGUUGAUUGAGUAUGGGGCUUAUGUCUUUGGUGUUGGCUGCUAUGGUCCUCUUGGGAUGAAGGAAUUUAGCUGCGUAGUGAUCUUUAAACUUAUUACGGCAUUUCAGUCUGGAAGCAGGCAGGAUUACAUAGGAGUUGUUUCUUAAUACAUUUCAGAGAACCAAUGUCCACUUGAAGUAUUGAGUGUAAGUAUAGAACUAUAGCGAGCUGAGAUGAGUAGAGUAUGCUUUGUAACCUUGUUUGUAUGUAUGUAUUUAUUUGUGUGAUUUUUUGUAUCGAAAAUAGGACAGGCGCCAGUCCAAGCUGACGUUUGUGUGACUCAGUCAACUCUUACCGAUAGCUUUGUUCUGUCUGCAGCAGCACAUGACUGUAAGGCAAUAGUGACUAAUAAAACUUCUACACUGGUA